UUUUGUGUCGUUUGGUCAACUCGUAUAUUUCCGACAGUAGUCGAGGGCAAGUAAAGUGUCGCUGCACUUCCUAUGGCCAUAUUUGGGUGAGCAUUGGUGGAGCGUGAGCGCAGGAAGCAUUUCGAAGGACUGAAAUAAGCGUGUCUCUCGUCUAUCGUAAGAAAAAUAUCCCAACGUUUUUUCACCGAAGUUGACUGCGCCUCGUUCACAGAAGAAAACAACGUCCUUUCUCCUGCUGCAGUGCUCAGAGCUUUGAUUCACACGAACUCUGACACGCAGACGCAAAAACAUUUCACACUGGAAAAACUGUCUGGAGACACAGUGAAAGAUCAUGACGACACUGCUGGACCUGAAGAGUACUAUGCUGAGGCAGGUGCAGAGGAGCCAGUCGCUGAGGAGCCGAAGGGAACCGCCACCCACCGCCAGCAGCCCCCUCACACACUGCCCUGAGCCCUUACCUCGCAGGAUUUCCGAGGAGAGCUUGGAGUUCUUUGAGCGUGUGAAUGCCAUCCUUCAGAAGCAGGAGAACAUGCUGCGGGCUGCCCAGGCUGAGUGCCAAAGAGGGGCCUGCACAGUGCCGCCACCCCAAGAGCAUGUGGACCAGGCCUUUAUCCCUGACAGAAGCAGAAGGACAGAGCUGGACCUACUUUAUGAGGAAGCUGUGUACACGGUGGUCAACCGGGUGGGAGUACCUUCAUCCGAACAUGUGACAAGUGAGGAAGAGCUGUUUGCUUACCUGCUAAAGGCAUUUGAUAUGAGCGAAGAGGAGCAUGAAAUCAUUCUCCAAAAAGUUCAAGAAUCCAAGCGGGCCAGUUUUUCCUUGAGAGUUUCUGUCAUGAAAGCAAAGAAUCUUAUGGCCAAGGAUGCAAAUGGGUACAGUGACCCCUACUGCAUGCUGGGAAUCCUGCUGGGCCAAAGCCCACGGGAGAUGGAGGAGAAGAAGGAGAGGAAGUUCAGCUUCAGGAAGAGAAAGGAGAAGCUGGAGAAACGCUCCAGCACCAAGGAGGUGUUACCUGCCGUGUGUAUCCAGGUGACUGAGGUCAAACCAGAGACUCUCAACCCAGUGUGGGACGAACACUUUGUUUUUGACAUAGAUGAUGUCCACAAUGACCUCUUACAUCUUGAUAUAUGGGAUCAUGACGAUGACGUGUCUGUUGCCGAGGCCUGCAAAAAGCUCAAUGAAGUCAGUGGACUUCGAGGAAUGGGCAGGUAUUUUAAGCAAAUAGCAAAGUCAGUACGUUCCAAUGGAUCUGCAUCAUCAGGCUCAGAGGAGAACGCUGAUGACUUCCUCGGAUGCAUCAACAUCCCCUUGAAUGAAAUCCCAAUUGUCGGCUAUGACACCUGGUUUAAACUGGAGCCUCGAUCGAGUACGUCCAAAGUUCAGGGGGAAUGUCACCUGAUACUGAAGCUCUUCACCAGCCAGAGAGACACAGCUUUGUCUAAGAAAGAUUCAAAUGUCUCCAUUCACAAGAAACUGCUGAGUCAGAUUGUGGAGUAUGAGCACGCUCAUGUUAAAAGAGAGCCAUACAACUGGAAUGGGCAAGUUUGUCCUCCAGCAUGGACUGUAUUGACUCACCAUGCUGUGCAAACUGAUCUCUCACCUCUCCAACAGGCCAUUAUCCGCUGGCAGUGCUACAGCAGCCACCAUCGGACCCAGAGGGUGUGCUACUCCCUGCUGCUGCGCCUCUUGAGGACCAUCGAUGCAGAGUGGGACCCCGUCGCUGUGAGGGGAGACCUGGAGAGGCAGCUUUCAGACAGCUUCAGGCUGUACACAGAGCACUGCCUGUGCCUGAUGAAGAACAUGCGUCAGGUUUUCCCCUGCACCAGUGUUGCUGCCAUUACACGCUACGAGCUCAUGCUAAGGGGGAUUGGCUACAUGCAGAACAUGCGAGCGUUUAAGUCUGUUUGUCCUCUUCGAAAUGAACUGCAUUUGGACAUCACUACUGCUGCCAAGAAAGGGACUGUGGAGUGGUACGAGAGCCUAAUUGCAAGAUAUAAACCAGGGGAGGGGACUCUGGAGGAGCAGCUGAAGAAGCUGGUGCAGGUGGUUGAUGCCACGUGUGCAGACGUACAGAGAGCCCAGAACAUCUACAACAAACUCUUCUACAGUGCAGUGAAAGUAGAUUUCUUCAGCAUAUCGUACAGGCAGUUGGAGAAACAGGUAGCCGAUGACGUAAACGUCGCAAUGGAGCGGGUUUGUGGGACUCUGGAGCAGGAGAGCUCCAGACUGACUCAGACAAUGGGAGAAACCAUCUUUGAGCUCUACAUGUCCUUGAAAAUCCUCAAAGGCUUUCGGGAGUUUCUUCCUCUCAAGGAUGCUAAAAUGUUGGCCCUGACAAGCUUUCAUAACUGGUUCAAGUCCUCGAUUCAUAAGUGGCUGCAGAUUGUUCAUGACAGAUCCUGUGACAGAAUUCGUAAAGCAGUGGAAACAGACAAUCUCGAGCCUGUGCAGCAGGCUAAGCACAGCUCCUCCGCAGUGGAGGUGACAACAUGCUUCAGCCAGGUACGCGAGAUCUGGCUCCAGCUGGCCUGGCCAGACUCUGCGGGGGCCUUCAUCUUUGUCACUCGUUUGACAGACAAUUUCUGCAGCGAGGCUGUGUGCUACUCUGAGAUGAUAACACGCAAGAUUGAGAGGAGCCAGGUGGGCCGAGACCAAAAAAGCUUCACUGUGCAGCUCUGCAUCGCGCUGAACAACACAGAGCUUGUGCGUGUUUUCCUGGGUCACCUGCCCCGUGACCUGGACUGGCAAGGUGUGGAGCGAGCCAUGGAGGAGUCCUGUGGGGUGGAGGGCAAGGAGCAGGUUUACAAGGCUCUCAAUGGGCAGCUGUUCAACAUGGACCUGGACCUGCAGAGAGAAGUCAAACGUCUCAUCACACUGCUCACCGACAAGAUGCUGCCUGAGCUGCGGAGGUACAUCCAGCACAUCAGCCUGUCCCCAGACUCCAUUAACAAUGAUGAAGCUGUGUCGCCUCUUAUGAAAUACUUACAAGACACUAUGGUCAUCCUCACUGAAAACCUUGUGAAGGAGAAUCUGACUAGAGUUCUCCAAAGCAUGUGGGAGCUGCUCCUGCGGAUGAUCCUAGAUGCUGUUGCAGAAAACAGGGGGGUUCAGGUGGAGUUCUACAACCGCUUCCAGUACACAGUGGAGACUUUGCUGCAGUUUGUGCAUGUCAAGGGAGAGGGUCUUUCCUUGGAAGACAUGAAGAGUGGAGACUACAAGGUUCUGGAUGAAGAGCUUAGGCUGAAUAAAUGUUCCUCCUUUGAGUUGAUUGAACAGUACUAUCUGGAGAAGAUUUCCCAACAGAAAACACUCAAACAUACCUGUUAUGGUCGGAUCAGCGUGAAGUGCUACUAUGAUGCUCCGGAGCAAAGACUAACAGUGGAGAUUCUGCAUGCUGCAGAUAUCCUUGCACUGGAUGCUAAUGGGUUGAGUGACCCGUUUGUCAUAGUGGAGCUCUGUCCUCACCACCUGUUCCCUAUGGCCAAGAGUCAACGCACGCAAGUAAAACUUAAGACCCUGCACCCAGUAUUCGACGAACUCUUUUACUUCCACGUCAGUCCGGAACAGUACAGACACAGGUUUGCCUGUUUGACAUUCACUGUGAUGGAUUACGACUGGCUUUCCACCAAUGACUUUGCCGGUGAAGCCGUGGCUCCUCUUAGCGACUUCUGCUGGCCAGGGAGACCGAACGCCUCAGCCGCCGGAAAGAGCGUCCAGCCUUUCAUCCUCCACCUGUCUCGCAGUAAACCCAGCGAAAAGCCAAUCAUGAGGAUGCUGGACGCUCGCAUCGGUGACAGGGAGGCUCAGGAGUUUGUCCGCAGGCUGAAAGAGAUUGAGAAAUCGAUGGAGGAGGAGUAAAAGCUGCCAGCGCUGCCUGUGUUCGUGUUUUCUGACCACGUCUUGCGACGUAUGUGCUUUUGUACUGGUAUCAUGUUUACAAUAUUUGAAUUUUUUCCAAUGUUAUUGUUUGUUCAGUAAUUAUACCAAAAUGAGAAGAGAAAAAAAGAAAACAGUAUAGCGUAUCGCUGUUUUCUAUCUGGGAAAUUAACAUCCUGUCACUGUGCAACCUUAUGCUGUCUCAGUUAAACUAUAUUUUAGAAUUUAAUGGAUAGUUGAUCCUAAAUGUUACUAGUCUAUAUUUUUUGUAAUGAGGUAAUUGUUAUAUUUGUUGUAUGAUCUUUGAUAUGAUAUAUUUAACAUUUUAGAACUAUUUUGUGGAAGUAGCUUAUGUAUCCAAAAGUAUUCAGUCAAAGUCUAAAUCUAUACCUCAGAUAUGCUCAUUUAGUUGCAGGGGAGUGUAAUAGGCAUAGAGACUUUUCAUUCUCCGUGGACAUUGUGGAGCUACAUUGCAUGAAAGCCUAUUUAAGAUGUGUAAGCUUGAACCCACAUUGCAUUUCCUGAUCAUACAGUGGCUUAUGAACAAACAACUAUGUGUAAAAAUACCUGUCACAAAGGAAAUCAUGAAGGCACACACAGCUAUGGGGGAUUACACUUUCUGAGACUUAAUGUUUUAAGGCCAGUCAGACAGCUCAGCAGCAGGGAGGCCUAAUACUCCCCUGGGGCACACACCACAGCUCUGCUUCAUUCGAUUUUUCAGAUUGCUCUUCACAAAGCUCAUGAUGGGUCAUUGAAAAGGCCCAAAACCUUGUGGAGGGAGGACCAAUUAUUUUAACUCAGUUGCUUCUUGCUGUCUGAAAUCAGUGAGCCAACAUCUGUUCAGAAAUGUAUGUGACAGUUCUGUUUUGGCAGCAGUGCGCUAAUAAGCAAAUCAGCACAUUGACAGAUACAAAUCCAUUCACAUAUAGACAAUUAUUCAAUGCAAAUAUUCAAAAAUGUUAGAUUUUUCCACCCUGAGUGGUAAAUUCAAUUUCAAUUCAAUUUUAUUUAUAUAGCGCUAAAUCACAACAACAGUUAUCUCAUUGCGCCUUCCAUAAAGAGCAGGUCUAGACCGUACUCUGAUGUUAUUUACAAAAACCCAACAGUAAAGAAAAGUGAAAUGCCAAUAGCUACCCAACAAGCUAGAAGUGACUGCGUCCAGUCAAGAAAUAGACCUGCACAUAACCCCCAUAAAACCACAAUGUGUUGUUUUUACACUUCAGUUUUUUGUAUGACUCAAACUCUCAGUUCAGUUCAGUCACUUUAUUAUCCCAGAUGGGAAACUCUCGGCAAGAAAAUGAAUAAGUGUAUUUCCCAAAAUGUUGCCAACCAGCAUUAGUCAUUACCAGCAAGGUUAUUUUGCUUUUUAAUGUUAUAUUUAUUUAAGAUACUAUUUAAAUUUUAGUUGCUUAAUUGUUUAAAAACAGUUUUUUGUCAACUUUAACUAUUGUACAAACAAGAACACACUCCAACUAAACAAGUAAUUAAUUAAUAAUAAUUCAUCACUUUUGCACCUUGCUUCUCCUCCACGGAGAGCAGAAGCUAUAUUCAGAACCAUUCAUACGUUCAUGGUUAUGGGGAUACACCCUGUUCCUGAUAAUUGAAAGGGAGAAAAUACUUCCUGGCAUCCCCAAAGAUUACACACUGUGUUCCACAGUGUGGCCAGAUGGUAGCUAAUUGCAGCUAAUGAGUUCAUGUAGCGUUCAGAAAGUUCUGGAAACAGCCAAUAAACGUGGCAAACUUAUUUUUUUAUCCCAACUUUAAAUCAAUGCUGGCUCAUUACAGGCCUUAAAUUUGAGUUUCAGUCUCUGUGUGGGACUUAAUCUCUUGAGGUGAAGAGAAAGGAAAAGCAUAAUGAACCAUUGAAGUGGCAUAAUUAUACUUAAGGGGUAAGGCAAGACCUCGCUUCCUGUACUGUGCUUGUCAUUGACCUGCGAGGUACAAUUCAACACUAUGCUCUCACUAGUCCUCCAAAGCUGUGUCUCGUCUGUGACUGAAGGGUAAGGAUUAAUAUUUUUGCACAAAAGUAAUAAUAAUAAUUUUCUACCGUAGCAAGUCUAAAGGCCAAGUUUCCUUUAGAGGCUUUUAAUUAAUGCACAAUUUGGUUUACAUCUAAAAUAGUUAACUAUGUUUAAAAAAGUAAAAACAAUUUUACUUCAUACAAAGUCCUGGACCAACAAGCUUAAUUUCAGUCAGAUGUGUUAAUCUUCUAGUGAGCGUGCGCUCAGCUCUCACUAAUGAGGUUAAUAUCAAUCACCUGUGGCGUUGUGCUGUAGCUGCUCAUGAGAGCUGCGACUGGUUCCAAAAGCCCCAUAAUAAAGUGGAACCAAAAAAACAAAAAAACAGACAAAACAAUAGCAGCAUGAAAAAUACUUAAUUUUCCACAUCUCUACAGACUGAAAAUGUAUUGGUACUUCCAAACUAGAGGUUUAAUUUAAGCCUCUUUAGUUGUGGUGAAACUUUAAUCUUCCUUUCAGGAAAUCCUUCCAGUACAAAACGGGGACUAUUUUCAAUUAAUCUGUAGUAUAUUUAAGCUUAAUUCCUGGUCUGGAAACUGGCCCCUUACUGUCACAAAUGUAGCUUAAGGUUUACAACCAGUAAAAUACAAGAAAGUUCUAUGCAUCUGGAAAAAGGCCGAAGAGGAACACUGCUCUAACCUACUUAAAACCACCCAACAAUAAGAAAAAACGGGUAUCAUGAUGUUGUUACUGUUGGCACGUUAAAAAGGAUUUUAGUAAUAUACACAAAUCCGGCCUUUAAGAGUUGUUAAUGAAUGUUGCCAGUUUAAAUGUGGCACUUUUAUUGUACCAUAAUGACAAAACAACAGAGAAAUAGCAACAGAUGUGUAGUGAAGAAACACUGGAAAUACACUGUAGCAAGUAGUGAGAGUUUAGCACCUGAGAUUUCACACCGGCAGCGUUUUGUCAGUGAUGUAACUUAACAGUAGCUGCUUGUGUAGUGCUUUGUCGUUACUCUGUGAAGUUGUGAGGAUGAAGCACGCAAAAAAACAUAUCUAUGCCUAAAGAGUGUGCUGCAUUGCAUGGACUGUUCAGUUGAUCAAGAAGCUUGCCUUACUUAACAGGAGCGAGGAAUCCUUUCAGUCCAUCUGAACAGCACUUGCCUUUACGUUUUGUUUUCAAUAUAUUGCAGGCAGAAUGUGUCUUAACAAUUGUUACUGAACUCUUUGUGUUAGUAUAUUAGUAUCCGCUGCCAUAUUUGUUGUUAACAAUGCUGUCCUAAACAAGCAUAUAAGUUUGUCAGUAUAUUUGAAUAGUUAAUGGUUUUAUUGAGUGGCAGUGAUAUUUUCUCUAAAUUAUUUUAAAACCAGAUAUUCUGGCCAAAUGUUUACACAAAUAAAUUCAAACUCACUCUGAAUCUAAAUCAUUAUAUGAUAAAAAUGUAGCUAAUAUUGUAUACCAAAAUUUAUACGUACAAGAAAACUUUCAGAGGUUAAUUACAAAUUUCUAACAGGGAUAGUUUGGAAAAUCUUUUUCCAGAUUCUUUGUUAGGAAAACACAGGGUCUGUUCCUAUUAAAUAUACAUGUCUAUGUUCAGUCACAGUGUUGUAGAUGUCCGUAAGUUGCCCUUAAACAGGCAAUCUGCUCAGUAUUACUUGAGUAAAGUGAUAUUCAAAAAUUAAAAGAAAGUUUUCUAGUCUUUAAAUGUUCAGUGAAGUCAGUUGUAUUAUCAUAUUCAUUUCCUAUUAAGUGGGUUUCUUAAAAGACUAGUUGUGCUAGCCAUAAUUUAAAAAAGGCAAAGGAUAUCAGACUGUGAAUUAACAGAAUAUCAUCACAAUGUAAUGCCAUGACCGUCAGCACUGACAUGGACAUAUUUUAUUUAAGGAAAUAAUAUAAUAUCAAUUUAUUGAAUUGAGUAUUUGGUUUUGUCGUCUGCUGUCCAAAUUUAAAGGCAACAGCUGUUGAAACGUAUCUUGAAGAAGACACCUUCAAUUUAUUAUCGUAAAAGUGAAUUAUUUGUCCUGGAAUUGUAAAUGCCUGUGUUGCUGUUUACUGGAUUAUACCUUUGGGAGAUGUCUAUCACCUUAAAUAAAAAUUGUAUUUAAAUUUGAA